AUGAUGCCCAUUUUCAGGACCGCGAACAAGCCCUCAGAACUGCAACUUGUGAUUGCAAGUACCAUCCUCAUGGUCGAUAUGAAUACUCCUGGAGAGAUCGGUGGAGUGCUUUGGAGUGAGGCUCAACGAAUUCACCACUCACAAUCCUUCUUCCCCUGUUCGAUCACUUCAGCGGACCCUGCCGCACACACCUCAGCCACCACCCAUAUUAGUUAUGGCGCCGUCCACCAAUCGAUGGUCACAUCCAUCAUACUUGACGAAACUCUGUGUCCCACCCAGCCACACUCGCACCUCAUACUGCUCAGCCACGCCUACGUCACCGCCCUCACAACGAGCUCUUGGCAUACAACACCACACAGCACAAGCGACCCUUCCAGCCAAGUUUCCAAGGGUGAUACCAUUGUGUCACUGGUGCAAUUCAAGAAAAGGUUGGGGAAGAAAAGCAAGCCAAAGGGGGAAGGGAGACGAAGGCCGGGUGUGGUCUGCUGCCCCUUCGUCACUGGUUCCAAUUUCACACCUACACAACCUCCUACAAAGCACCAAACAAUCAUCAUGCCCUUCUUCUACUCCAAGCCCAUCGGCGGCCGCAACUUCGGCACCUCCGUCCACGCAGACCGCCACGGCGUCCACCGCGGUCCCUGGCGCAUGCGCAUCGGCCGCUUCAACUGCUUCCGAUAG